CAACCUCGACCUCAACCUAAGGUCGUACCCCGUCUCCUUGAUCAGACCCAGUGCCCUGAUUGUGUCUGUGAUGAGAGGCUCACCAUAGAAGAGCGGACAUUCAAAUACUGCCGAUCAACAGUGCGGAACGACCAUUUUGACGACCAGCGUCUCGAAGAGCGAGAGCGUAGAGUUGGUCCUGGCGGAGUCAUACGGUGCAACCAUCCCCAGUGCCGAGAUGACCCAUUACUUCAGAGCAUGAAGACGCUGGACGCUUUCAGGAAUCAUGUGAAAGUGGAACACGAAGUUUCGUUGAGGACUACGAAACAAGUCAUGGAUAGGAGGAACGAGAAACCAAGGCAGAGAAGAAUGCUCAAAAAUGGUUUUGGCGAGAGUUACUUCAAAAGAUGGUCAACUGUAAACUUCAUCACGCAAAGGGGGGGUUUUCGCCCUUUAUUUACUUCGGUCAUUUAUAACAAUGAAAUUCAGGCAAAAGUCUUUUUACACAUAGCGAAGCUACUUAAUGGCAUCGGGCUGUUCACAACGGAUUGCCGUCGCUCGGGAAAAUGA